UGCAUGUGUUCGUGCAUGCGUGAGUUUGCCCCGGGAACGAGGGAAGGCGGAGGAACAGAACAGCAUCAGAAUGUUGGCUGGCCCGUAAAGCGUUUUCUCCCUGGGCUCUGGCUCAACCUCUGCAUAAAAGCCCAGGGAGAAGGAGGUGGAGAUUCCCCGAGUACAGAGGGAGGGCUUCCUGCGCCUCUGACAGGGGUGCGCUUCUGUAUUAGGGACUGGGAGCCUGAUCGGGAAGGCUGGGAAAUCAUGCUCUUCAUCUGGGCUCUGCAUUUGGCGUUAGUGCUCCAGGGAGGCUUCUCUGCUGCUGUACAACCAUUAAGAUCUUCCCCUGGGAAUGAAGAUAAGAGGAUGAAAUGGUGUGAUGAACACAAAGCUUUCCACAAUCGCCUAGACAUUGUGGAAGAGACCCUGGACAAGACUGUGGAACACCUGGAGUCUGAAGUAAAGAACCUGCUUAACCUGAUGAAUUCGAUAGCCUGGAACUUGCCCCCAGCGUCUGGGAGCCCCACCGAGAACUUCUUAGGAGACGGAGGAAAACUAGACAUGACUGGAUCUUGCCGUCUCUUCAGCUUUGCUGAUGAGCAAGGGAAGCUCCCGGCAGACAAGGAAGAGGAUGCAGGGGGAGGGGAGAUGUGAAUCCCUAUGAGCACCAAGACGAUUUGGAGCUGAAGGCAGCAGUGGCUCCCCGGCGUUUUGGAUAAUUCACCCCCCAAGUGUUUUCAUCCACUUGGACAUGUGUUGGAAAAGGCUGUUGUGUAAUAAAUGUGUCUUGUACUGUGAAUGAACUGGAAGACUGCGAUAUUGUUGUAACAAGCCACAGGUCUGAUGGUUCCCUAUUUUACUUUUAUCUCCAUUUGGUUUGCUGGACCAGUCAGAUUCAUGUUCUCCUUAUUGUUCAAGGAAAUCAUCUUCAUCCUGAAGUUUAGAACUCUUAAAAUCUAACCCAAAGAUCUUUUGACUAAAUCCUGAAUCUGAUCUGUACUGCCUUUAGCAUACAAACUUCUCUGGAUCUAUGCUUGCUUCAAUUGUAAAAAUGUCCUCAAAAGUCUAUGACAUUAAUGUCCAAAUUCUCCCUCCUUGGUACUAGUGGGGGCCUUGAUGGGGACAGGCCAUAUCUUGUAGAUAAGUGAUUAACACCUCAGAGGCAUGAGGAGACUUGUCCCAGAGUUACAUGAGAUUUAGGGAUUCAAAUACACUCACCUCCUUCAUAAAACAAUUGAUUUCAAGCUAUAUUAGGUCCAGAGUCUGGUAGUUAGAUAUGGUGGCUUGGACAGAAGUUAAAAGGGUCAGUAAAAAGGAUAAAAAGAAAAACCUGGAUGUCCCAGACCCUCGGAAGAAGUUAACAAGAGCCGAGAUAAUGGAAGAAAAGGCUUCAGCAAAUUAAAUUUCUUAGAAGGGGAGGAGAUAGAGGCAGGAGAUCCCAAUGGGAGAGAAAGGGUGAUUUGGGAAAUAAUUGGCCCCAAGGAAAGUAUUGGGUAUUCUGGAAAGGAAUUCACAGGCUCUAUCACUGCCAAAAGUGAUCCAUGCCACAAAAGAUCAAGAAUCCCCCACAAAGAUGUUUAGAUACAAAAGUUAUUUCUUGGAUAUUAGAGAAAGGGAGAGGGGAAUUGGAGAGAAGAGAUAUAUGAAAGGCAAAAGAGGGAGAGAAGAAAUGGCAGAUCUUUGAUCUGCCGUGGAACUAUCUGUGUAUCUUUGGAUAAAAUCUCUGGACAUACUUCUCCAUGUCUGAAACAGGAUGAUUGAAUCAUUAAAAGCUCCUUAACCAUAUAGUUCAUUUAUUAUAAUAAUCCAUGGUUCUAAACAUUUUUUGGUUCCUCCAUCAUUUAAUAACAAAAAGAGUUGUGAACCCCACAGAUAAUUUAAUGAUACUUAUAAUAUUCUUUAGAUUUGUUAAGUGCUUGCAAUAACUUCUUCCCCUUCCUAAAGUUUCAAACUAAAAUUUGUAUUAUAUAAUUCUAUAAUUAUGGAAGCUCUAAAUAUAAAAUUCAUGAACUGUAAUUAUAUAAUUACAAAUAUUUUGAGAUAUUCUGUAAGAAUUAAUUGAUCCAGCAAGAACAUAUAUGCUUACUAUUUUCUGCAAACUUCAUAUUAUAAACUUAGAUAAAUGUAAAUAGAAUUGUAAUGAUCCAAGUUCAUUAAACAUAAGGAGGAUAUUUAACAUUAUAAUCACAUAUAAACUUAAAUUAAAUGUACUUAAAAAAAUUGAACAAAGGCUUGCAAUAUUUGGCUCAACACCAGGCAUAAAGAUUUGUUUACACAUCAAGUUUAUUUCUCUUUUUUGAUUUAAAACAAGAAAAUGAAAAUGCUUAACUUUCACAAAUAUGUGGAGGAAAUGGUAGAAUUUUACAAGCUCUCUUGCUGAGAUGGAAAUUAAUUUUUUAUUUUUAGUCAAAAAUGUACAGGCUAUCAUUUUAAAGUGAUUUUCAUAGUCCAAGAUUCAUUGAUAGGUCAAUUUAAUUUUCUUUUUCAUCCAUGUCAUUUAAUCAGUCAAAUAUAAAAGACACAUCAAAUGUGUCAUAAGUCCAAUUAAAUGUAUUAAGAAUUUCAGGGAAUUAUUCAUUGGAAGUCAUUUCUAAAAAUUUCAUUCACAUCUGACUGCCAUGACAACAUAAUCCAAAGAUAGUUCACUUUUUAAUAAGAUUAUGUAAUAUCAAAGAGCCUAGUACUAUUCUUAAUUAUAUGGCUCCAAAGUUGUAGUGUCUUAAUCAUACUUUUUACUUCAUCUUGAAUGUGAAAUGUUUCCAUUCUCUCUCUGUAAUGAUGUGUUGAGUUUAUUCAUUUUUUUUAAAGACGUCUGCUAAAUAUGCUAAUUUUUGUAACCAUGUCAUAUGGCAUGUA